CAUUCAGAGCUGGUCUUUCGCUGUCCAAGGGAACAGAGCAUCGUUGGAAACAACGCACUGGCUAGCAAACUUCACAGCUUGCACCAUGAUUUCUACAGCGAUGCCUUGUCCGUGGAUUAUAUUUUGCUUUGUUUUGUUUCAUCACACGCACACUGGAAUAGCACAAAAUGUAAAGGAAGUAAUGUUGCUGGAUUCUAAAGUGCAGACGGAACUGGAGUGGAUAUCCUCUCCUUCUGGCGGGUGGGAAGAAAUCAGUGGACUUGAUGAGAACUACACACCUAUUCGGACUUACCAGGUGUGCCAGGUAAUGGAGCCCAACCAGAACAACUGGCUGCGAACUAACUGGAUUGAGAAGGGCAAUGCUCAGAGGAUUUUUGUAGAACUGAAGUUCACACUGAGGGAUUGUAAUAGUCUGCCAGGUGUGCUGGGGACUUGUAAGGAAACGUUCAAUCUGUAUUACCAAGAGACAGACUCUGACUAUAGGAGGAAUAUACAAGAAAGCCAGUAUGUAAAAAUAGACACCAUUGCAGCAGAUGAAAGCUUUACCCAGGGAGACCUCGGGGAACGUAAGAUGAAGCUGAAUACUGAAGUGCGGGAAAUCGGGCCUCUGUCUAGAAAAGGAUUUUAUCUGGCUUUUCAGGAUGUAGGGGCCUGCAUAGCUUUGGUAUCUGUCAAAGUCUACUAUAAGAAGUGCUGGUCUAUUAUUGAGAACUUAGCUAUUUUCCCGGACACAGUCACAGGGUCCGAGUUUUCCUCCCUGGUCGAAGUGAGCGGAACAUGUGUGAGUGACGCAGAAGAGGAGGCAGAGAAUUCUCCCAAGAUGCACUGCAGUGCUGAGGGUGAAUGGCUGGUGCCUAUUGGAAAGUGUAUCUGCAAAUCAGGAUUUCAUCAGAAAGGAGAUGCCUGUGAGCCCUGUGGCCGUGGAUUCUAUAAAUCAUCCUCCCAAGACCUCCAGUGCUCCCGCUGCCCUGCUCACAGCUUCACUGACAGAGAAGGCUCUUCCCAAUGUGACUGUGACGACGGAUAUUACAGAGCAGCCUCAGACCCACCAUCUGCAUCAUGCACAAGACCCCCGUCUGCACCACAGAACCUGAUUUACAAUAUCAACCAGACCACUGUGACCCUGGAGUGGAGCCCCCCUGCAGACAACGGGGGCCGGAGUGACGUUACCUACAGGAUUAUGUGCAGGAAAUGCAGCUGGGAGCAGGGAGAGUGUGCACCCUGCGGCAAUAUCGUUGGAUUUGUACCCCAGCAAUCUGGACUAGUCGAUACCUAUGCCACCAUCGUGGACCUGCUCUCCCACACCAACUACACCUUUGAGGUUGAAGCUGUGAAUGGAGUCUCAGACCUCAGUCGCACCCAGAGGCUCUUUGCCGCAGUCAGCGUUGCGACCAGCCAAGCAGCUCCCUCGCAGGUUGGUGAAGUCAUCAAGGAGAGAGUGAGGCAGAGGAGCAUUCAGCUUUCCUGGCAGGAGCCAGAGCUUCCCAACGGGGUCAUCACAGAAUAUGAAAUCAAGUAUUAUGAGAAGGAUCAAAGGGACCGCACUUAUUCAACUGUGAAAACAAAGUCUACAUCAGCCACUGUCAAUAACCUGAAACCAAGCACAGCAUAUGUGUUUCAGAUUCGAGCUUUUACUGCUGCAGGCUACGGCACCUAUGGUCCAAGACUAGAGGUCAUAACACAGGAGGAAGCUACAGCCACAGCCGUCACCAGCGAACAGAACCCCGUCAUUAUCAUAGCUGUAGUCGCUGUGGCAGGGACCAUCAUCCUCGUCUUCAUGGUGUUUGGAUUCAUUAUUGGAAGAAGGCACUGCGGCUACAGCAAAGCAGACCAGGAAGGAGAUGAGGAGCUUUACUUUCAAUUUAAAUUUCCAGGCACCAAAACAUAUGUUGACCCUGAAACCUAUGAGGACCCGAAUAGGGCUGUCCAUCAAUUUGCCAAGGAGCUGGACGCCUCGUGCAUUAAGAUUGAGCGAGUAAUCGGAGCAGGGGAGUUUGGAGAAGUAUGUAGUGGACGUCUAAAGCUCCCAGGAAAAAGAGACCUGUCAGUUGCUAUCAAAACUUUGAAAGUUGGCUAUACAGAAAAACAAAGAAGAGAUUUUCUUGGUGAAGCCAGCAUCAUGGGGCAGUUUGACCAUCCAAAUGUGGUUCAUCUGGAAGGAGUUGUUACAAGGGGAAAACCAGUUAUGAUUGUGAUAGAAUACAUGGAGAAUGGGGCGCUGGAUGCAUUUCUUAGAAAACACGAUGGCCAGUUUACAGUUAUCCAGCUUGUGGGAAUGCUGCGUGGGAUCGCAGCUGGGAUGAGAUACCUUUCCGAUAUGGGAUAUGUUCAUAGAGAUUUGGCAGCACGUAACAUUCUAGUCAACAGCAAUCUUGUAUGUAAAGUGUGUGACUUUGGCCUGUCGAGAGUAAUAGAAGAUGAUCACGAAGCUGUCUACACCACAACGGGCGGAAAGAUUCCGGUCCGAUGGACAGCCCCAGAAGCCAUACAGUACCGAAAGUUUACUUCCGCCAGUGACGUUUGGAGUUACGGAAUUGUAAUGUGGGAAGUCAUGUCCUAUGGGGAGCGACCUUACUGGGACAUGUCCAAUCAGGAUGUAAUCAAAGCUAUCGAGGAAGGCUACCGUCUCCCAGCGCCUAUGGACUGUCCACCUGGUCUUCACCAACUUAUGCUUGACUGCUGGCAAAAGGAACGGGGCGAAAGGCCAAAGUUCGACCAAAUAGUUGGCAUCCUUGAUAAAAUGAUUCGGAACCCCAAUACAUUAAAGACUCCCCUAGGCCACUGUAGUAGACCAAUUAGCCCACUUUUAGAUCAGAACACUCCAGAUUUCACUACUUUCCGCUCAGUGGGAGACUGGUUGGAAGCAAUCAAGAUGGAAAGGUACAAUGAUAACUUCACAGCAGCAGGGUACAGCUCAUUGGAAUCAGUGGCCAGGAUGACUAUUGAGGACGUGUUGAGCUUAGGGAUCACAUUAGUGGGCCAUCAGAAGAAAAUAAUGAGCAGCAUACAGACUAUGAGAGCACAGAUGCUGCACUUACAUGGCACCGGUGUCCAGGUGUGACAAGCAACACUUCCUCCAGUUAGGAGGCAACAGGCUUCUACAAACUACAAUGAGACGUUUACUAAGGAUAAUCAUUGAAUGCGCUGCUUCUUGCAUCAAGACUCAUGGGAUAAACACAUUCCUUAUUCCUUAGUGCCGCCUUCCAGAGGUGGGAGGAGCUAACGCAGGGUCCAUUAUCAGCAGCUAAGAAGAUGUCAAGAAAUACUACCUGGCACAUACAAAACCUCUGAAACCUCUGAGGAACUCUUAACUGUGUAUUAUAGAGUGACUGAGAAUGUCGGGGGGGGGGGGGGGGGGGGUUGUACCUUCCUCCUUUUUGCUCAUUAAAAUAUGUAAAGCAUUUUUCCUCAUUAUUCUGGAUAACUAUUUCCUGAAAAAUAAUUAUCUUUAUAGAAUAAUUAUUCCUUGGAGUGGUUGAUUCAGUAUUCGUUAAAGUUAUGUUAGUUUAUCCCAAACACUAUGCUCAUGUGUGGUGUAUUAUUUUCCUUUUUUAUUAGCGGAGAACAGGGUAAAGGGAAAGGCAAUCAGUGAUCUUGAAAUGUCUUUUUAAAAAUGUUUUCAAGCAGGUGUAAUUAGGAACAAUUACCAAUGUGUGAUGAAGCAGAGACAAUAUUAAUGAAUUUCCAGUCAGUAGCAGUGUGGAGUUACUAAAUCAGUCUGAGUGAGCCUGGGAUUCAUUUAUUUCAAAUUGUUUAUAAUGUUUACUGCUUGCAAUAUUUUAAAUAAUUGAUCAAAGUAUAUUUUGAAGGUUUAAACUUUGUAUUCUGGAACAUGAAUAAAGCUCGCAGAUAGACCUCCGUAAGCUUAGCAAUUAAAGGUACGUAAUCAUACUUUGAAAUUUCUGUCCUGUAGGGAUAACCGUAGUGUACUGGUAAUCUUUUUUAUUAUAUGUGUUUGCAGUUAUAUCUUUCUUAAAAGUUGCAAUGAUUUUACUUAAGCAAUAAUUACUCCUGAUGGAACAUGGCAUCUUUCAGAAUGUCAACGUUCUAUGUUUCAUAGAUGUGCUUUAGUGUUCUGACCAUACUUUGGAAAACUUCAGUCACUGGUGUGAUAAAAACAGAAAGAGAGAGAAUUUGUGAGUUAUUGAAGCAGCUGGUGGUCACAGAGUUGUUUUGCAUUAUCAGAUUUUCCGACCCAUUAAAAUUAUAACGUAUCCUUUUUGUUCUUUCUGAUGUUUAUUGGUUUAACAGGGCUCUAUGAUGAAACACGUGUUCUGUAAUCUCAUGCUGUCAGCCAGUUACUGGUGCCAUUUGUUCCCAUUUAUACAAGGAAUGAAUGUUUUAUCAUUGCUUUCUUAGGCAUGCUGCAGAUUGCAGUAUAUUGUAAAGACAAGGAUUUAUAAUAGGAUUUUAAAAAGGGGCUGCUCCAAAAUGUUCACAUGUUGAAGAUUUGUCUAAAACCAUAAGUAUCAUAUGUGGCUUGGCCUUGUCGUGUGACAAAACAUUCGGUUCUAUUGUUUGUCCCUUUACCACCUGUUUCUAAUCUCAGUGCCCACUAUUGAAUGCAAAUACUUCAUCCUUUUACGUAUUUCAGCAUUUGGUCUGACCUGUAGCGAAUAAAGGAACCAUUUUCACAAGAGAAAUCAGAAUAAUAAGCCCCACCCUGUAUUCAGUCACAGUUUGUCCAUAGUGUACCACAUGUAAAACUGCAUUACUCACUUAAAUACGUAGUCAAAAUUAUAUUCAUUACUUCCAACAAAAGAUCACAGGGUACAUUUUAAUGAUCUAAAUAUGGCUGUGUUUUAAUCAGUCCAUCUGGUGGUUACUUAUUAAACUCCCAAAAUAUGGUGGAAAGAGGUGUGUGGCAGAGCAGGUAUGCAAACUUAAGUGGUGGUAGGUCUGUUUAGAUCAUUCAGAAAUAACACAUUCAUUAUCUGUAUAACAAAUUAAUUAAUCUUUUUUUAAAUGUAUAUCUUUAAAAAAAGGUUUUUACCUUAAAUGGGCACUUUUUAUGUUUAUUUACAGAGUUGGGGUCAAUUCAAUUUUUUCAAUUCCAAUUCCAUUUCCAACCCCAGUUCCCAGUUCCCUUUUAUACGUUUUAAGGCAUAGUCUUUACUGGGGUUUAUGCCAUUGGCUUCAUCAGGUUACCUGACAAGUUCAUUAAGUUGUAUACUGUAUUUGUUUGCUCAAUAAAGCCUUUGUUGUAAAAUGAUUGGAAUAGGAAUCUGAAUUGGAAUUGAAAAAAUGGAAUUGACCCCAAAUCUGAUGUUUAACCUCACAGACUUAUUAAAUUGAGAUCAAUAAUGGUGUAUUUUGAGCACAAGUAAAAGCUAAAUAUAGAACAUGGUGGACUGCCCCCUUGAAGAGUGGCUGAUGAUUCCAAAGAAUUUAGAAUUUAGUGUGUCAGAAAGACCUUCGGGAUCAAAGGGAAAUGUGUAAAUGUUCCUGUGUAAAACUUGUACAUUUUAUUUAUAUUGUCAUUUUUGUACACACAUUUCUCUGUAGUGAGCUCUGAAUACAUUGGAAAUGCACUAUAUUUUUCUAUCUCACUUGCAGAUUAUCUUCACCCAUGUAUUUUCAGGUGUACAUAGUUACUCUCAUUUAGGACCAAAGACGGCUAUCGGUUACUUGUUUUGUUUAUUGCUGUUUAUUGCUGUUUUUGUUGUGUGUUGUACAGUGUUAUAUUUUGUCAAUGUAUUAUUUAUUUGUGUUGGAUUAGAAUAUUUGAUUAUUUUCACUG